CACGUGUCUCCGGGGUUGUCGAGAGAAAUCGCACGGAUUGAAGCUCGCGCGAACUGGCAGCCGAGCGCUCUCGUGCCUUAACAGUUCUCUAUCGAAAAAACAAUCUCUAUCGAUAAGCAACGACUUCAACACUAUAAUUAGUUUCCUCCCGUUAUCUGGUUACGAUGAGUUUGUUGUCCAGUUCGUUACCAGAGGUCUGAGUCGUGUUAUUGUCACGGGGACUUUGUUGGUAAGAUCAAAAAUUCAAAGGGAUCUUUAGGAGAGGAAAACAAUAACGAAAAUUUCUUGUAAACUCUGGCAGCCCUGGUCCGCACUUUUUUUUCGAGACGCGACACGUUUGUUGAACCUCACACCUUUUUUGUAAACUGCCUACGGGAUGUAAAACUCGUUCUGUGUGCCGAGGUAUCGUGAAAUGUUUAAAUAUGUACAUUCUCGAAUCCAAUGAUGACGCAUUGUAUUGCCUGAGAUUAGGGAUAGAAUUUAUUGCGGAUAUUGCUGCAGGCAUAGCAUAGACAGUCUGUAUACCUAACGAAGAUUCUCAUUACAUCGUGCGAAAGGCUAUGUCAACGCGAAAAUACAUAGAAGCAAUUCGCUCUUGAAUACACACUGUCGCUCCAGCUGAGAGAUAUCUCUUCAAAGAGUCCCUCGAGACAAAUGCUUAAUCGAGAUCUUUAUUUCGGAGUAGGAAGUAUUUUUAAAGACGCGGUUGAAUCUCUUUUCUUUUAAGCGAAUCAAAGUGUUAAAUUGUCCGCUCACGAAGAGCUUUUUUGUCAGCGAACAUUGUGCGAACAUUUGUGUAAACAUCGUGUGUUUACUUACCUAAGUGCUUGAUAAAUUCGAGAGAGCACCUGGCUAAAAUAUGCCAUCAUUCCCACCAGAUAACUCGGGAGGGAUCGGUGUUGAGUUGCUUGCGCGCUUGAUUGAAAUCAGUGAAAAUCUCUGAUUGCCCGGCACCAGAAUGACGUCCGAGGUUUAUCGAAAAAUCUUUAGUUAUCUGAGAACGAGAUCUUGGCUCUGCAAACGUAAAGGUAAAUACACCUGCAAAAAUUACAAGCACAUAACGAUGGAGCACUCCGAGCUGGUGGCGGAGAUGGUGCACGUUGAAAGACUGACCACGCAGGAGCGGUUGCACCUGGCGCGUCAUCGUCGGCUUCAGCAGCUGAAGGUGUGGAGACAGCGCGAGAAGGAAUGGUUGCGGCACCAGACCAGGCACACGAGUAAUAAACGUCACAUAUACUUUAGCGACAGUGUUAUGUUAUUGGAAGCCGCUGCGAGAAAUGACAUCGACGAGGUAAGAAGGCUUUUGAAGAAGGGUGUGAAUCCUGACUCGACGAAUGAGGACGGUCUGACGGCACUACAUCAGUGUUGCAUAGAUGAUAAUGAAGAAAUGAUGAAGCUACUCAUUGAAUUCGGUGCUAACGUAAAUGCGGAGGAUAGCGAGAAGUGGACGCCGCUACACGCCGCUGCUACGUGCGGGCACUUGCAUUUAGUCAAAUACCUCAUUGCCAGAGGUGCAAAUUUACUAGCCGUUAAUGCUGAUGGCAACAUGCCGUACGACAUUUGUGAGGACGAGAAAACUCUGGACUGUAUCGAAGGAGAGAUGGCAAGGCGAGGAGUCACUCAAGAAUUAAUAGACGAAACGAGAGCCUCAACUGAAGUCCAGAUGCUACGCGAUUUGCAAAAAAUUGCUUCCUUAGGAGGUGAUCUUGAAUAUAAAGAUCAUCAAGGUGCCACGCCUCUUCAUAUAGCAGCAGCAAAUGGGUACUUACGAGUUGUAGAAUUUCUUCUUGACCAACAUGUAUCGACAGACGUAGAGGACAAUGACAAGUGGCAACCAGUUCACGCAGCUGCAUGUUGGGGACAUUUGGAAGUACUAGAAUUAUUGGUGCAAAAUGGAGCAGACUUAAACGCAAAAAAUAAGCACGAUGAAACUCCAGCGGAUAUAUGCGAAGAUCCAGAAAUUAGAGAGAGGAUAGUGGAAUUGAAAACUGAACAGGAAAGUAAACGACUUCGCGAAGCGCAAGGACGUAGGGUACGCAGAUCGCAAAGUAUAAACACGCGGACGCAAAGCGUACGUCGAACAUCCAUUCGAGAUAAAGUCCUCACUACGAAAAAAGAUGCCCAAGAAGAAACGCGCUUGAGGUUACAAGCGCAACAGUAUGUUAGCACUCCUACGCCUACUAAUAUUCCGCCGUUGGAGAAUAGUACGCAGGAAGUAGGGGACCACGAGACUGAUUCCGGCGCGCUGACUCCAGCCGUGCGGAAAGGUCCUGAAGGAAAAGACAACGAGUCUUUUCUCCACGAAGAUGUUGAUAAAGAUUCAGCAGUGACAGGGCUUGAUUCGCUGGUCAGCGGCGGCCAGCAGCAGCAGCUACAGUCGCCGAUUUACUCCACGGACACCGAUACCAACAACGGCAAGAUCAACAUACAUGUGUCCGUUGUUUUCGUGAAAUCCCUGUCGGAUCUGAAGAAGAAACGGGCGCAGAACCGGCACAUAUCCACCGGUUCCGUAGACGCAAAUGGAAAUGGCAUCCCGAUGCCGGUCUCGUCCAUUUCCAAUUCCGAUCUCGACACCGACGAUUUCACCCAGCGCUUCACUGGGAACACCAGCGAGAUCGUGAGCGAUAAUCACUCAGAGAAGAGCUGCUGUACCGUCAUGUAAAUCCGCACGUAAUCGCGUACAAUCUCCUCGUUUCCCUUGUCCUUGCGCUUCACGUUUAUUAUUGUUACGUACGAUGUCAUCGGAGCUCUUCGGAAUCCUUCGCACACGAACGAGGAUGUAUUCCCGCGAUUAUCUUCCAGUAUUUCUUUUGAAGACUCAACGCUGCGUUCUUUCGCAAUUUUUCGAGUCGCGCGUUUAAUCCGAGCCCGAGGGUCGUGAUAUUUUUUUAUUAGAUAUAUAUACAUAUAUAUACACAUAUAUAUAUAUAUUUUCGUAGAACACAUUAUAGCGAUGUUAUGUACAUCACAGAUAAUACCUGCAGGGAGGCGUAUCGACAGCUUUAAAAUCAAAACUAUUGUCGGUUUUGAUGUCGCGCGAACGACACUGUACUUAAUUCGUCGACGAAACGUUCUCUCUGCGAUUGUUGUUACACGAUUAUUGAAUCGCAAGCAGCGUGUUGAACAAGUUCGGUAUGAAGAACACCUUGUUACGACAACUACUCAGAGCAUGUACUUAACAUUUGUAGAAAUAUAUAAUUGCAUUUUUUAAUUAAGUUUAUAAUUAUGCAACGUUUAAGCGUUCAAGUAUUGUACAGACUUUUAAUUUUAUUUAUUGUUACAUUAUAAAGGAAGUGUAUAAACUCUAAUGCGCUAUAGAAGGAUAGGAGAUGUGUGUUACAGACUCGUAGGUAUUACCUAGACUCGAGUUUUUCUAGUAUUUCUCCACAGACAGAUAUAAGACUAUCAAACAUCUUCCAAUAUUUUUUAUGAGACUUUAGCUGUAAGGAUUGAGUGGAAACUGAUUUUUAUAUCGAUUUAAAGAUUAUUUGUAAAUUUUGAUAUGUAGUAUUUAUCUAUCUAUUUACGACACUAUAGACUCUUCACUUGAAUUCCAUGUUCCACGUAUAGCAGAUCGCUAUAUACGUUGCUGAUUUACAAUUUUGCAUCUGUGUUACGCCUUUGACAACGCGUGAGACGAAUUUAAGGAAGGAGGAUUGUCGUUUCGAGAAGUAAAGGAAAAAAAAUUAUUUUUAUCUGAAUUUUUUCGAAAACUAUGCGGUCCAUUUAAAUUUUGUACAUCUAAGCUACAGAGUACGCGCUAUUAGUGCUAUUGCGUCAUUCUAUCAUUAUCUUUAGAUAGAAUGAUGCAAUAGCGCUGAGAGCGCGCUCUCCUAGCGCAACUUUUAAUAAUACAUAUUUUAUGUCUGAUUAAAAAUUUUUGUAAGUAAAAAUAAUGAAAAUUAUAAAAAGUAAAUGAAUUUAUUAAUCUAUGGAUGUUCGGUUAUCGUUGAAAUAAAUAGAAAUAUAUUAAAAUAUAUUAAUUUUUUUAUUUUACUUCUAAUGCGUAACACCGUCGAUUCAAAAUGACGAUUUUGAAAAAGCAAUGUUUGCGCGUCUCAAAAUUAUUUAAAAAAAGUUUCGUUUUUUACAAUCAGUUUUAAUGAUAUGAAGCAUCCGUAAAUGAAUAACCUCACUUUACUUUUUUAUUUCAAAUCAUUAAUAUAUGCAUUUUAUGAAAGGCAAUUUUAUGCACGCUCGUAUAUAAUUUUUUUAUAAUUGUUAUAAUUUUUAUUAUUUUUACUUGCAAAAAUUUCCAAUCACAAAUAAAAUGUGUAUUAUAUGUGUAUAAAAUUUAAUUGUCUACAUAGUUUUCAAAAAAAAUUACAUAAAAAUAGCCUUUUCUUAGCGAAAUGAUAAUCCUCUCUUAAUUCAUGCCGGAAAGAUAUAAACAUGUAAAUUUUACUUAUCUUUUUUUAGAGUAAAGUUUAUGCAUCCCCGUGUAACGAGGGACAUAUCCAACAAAUCAAAACGGCGAUAAUAAAUUUUAUUCGAAAUUACGCGUGUGUACGAGACCGUGUACGAAAUAAUUAAGAUCUGUCCUGCCGAACGGUCGUAUUUUUUACGUACACUUUGUGUCAAACCGCAUCCAAAUUAAAUAUAUAAAAAAGGAUCUUCAAAAGAAGUAAAAAGUAAAAUUAAUAGUACAAAUGGCAACGUUUAUACAUUCCUCCGCGAUAAUAUGUAAUAAAACGUUGCUUUUCGCGGCUUCCGGCCUUGCGAUGGCGCGACGGCGACUCGUUCUCCGUCUUGCAAUUGCGUUAAUCGCUGAAAUUUCUAAUAACAAUCGCCGCGAUUAUUCCAAUUAAAAGUACAGAGCACACGUGCACGAUUGUUCACGCAUAUAUUUGAUUACGAAUGUCUAUGGCGAAGGUUGAUUUCAAUGGCUGUAUUUGAAAUGAAUUUAUGUGACGUCUACCACCUGUUUAUAUUAUAUUGUAAUAUAGUAACGUAUAAAAAUAAAACUACUGUAUAUGUUA